AUGAGUCCGUCCGGCGAGUUUCCCCCCAGCACAGUAAUCAAAGAUUUCGCAUAUCCAGAGUCACACCCGUUGCGUUCGGGAAACUAUCCAAGCGAAGGUAGCUCAGACGACGAAUUGGACGUGUUUUCUACACAUUCUCACGUAACCAGUUCUGGAGACACACAAAUAUAUUCUUCUGAUGAGAUAAACCGAAGGGCCGUUGCCCUAUUUGACUUUGAGCCUGAAAAUGACAACGAGGUUGCCCUCUUCGAAGGCCAGGUUAUUUGGAUUUCUUAUAGGCAUGGUCAAGGUUGGCUUGUGGCUGAGGAUCCAGACACAGGGGAAAAUGGACUAGUGCCAGAGGAAUAUGUGGACAUUUUCUAUGAUGAGGAUACGGGGGACGUUGCUAAGCCAUUCAUGCCCCAAAUACUCCAACAAUUUGCUCGCGGGAACGAAAGCGAGUGGGAGGACGUGGAUGAAGACGAAACAGAAGAUGUACAUACCGAGUCUCCUGGAGAUAAUGGGGCGUCGCAAUUGCUACUGAAGAAGCUACUGCAAGUUACGCUAGAAACACCUACUCUGGAGGAGUAA